AUGCAACUGAUACCACCGCCAAUGUUUGUCGAUUAUGACAUACUAUUGGCUUGCGGGCUGCUCAUAUUCUGGUGCGGUUAUUGGUUGGUGCACAUAAGUGCAAUAUGUUAUGGGAAGUUCAAACUAUACAGAAAACCAAAACCAGAAUCAUCUGUACAGUUGAUACCAUCUCUAGUGUCUUUAGAACAUGGUUUGCCGAGAAAUAACAAAAAACAGUAUCCGGGUGUUAGUAUAUUGAAACCAUUAUUGGGUGUGGAUCCAAAUCUAUUUGUCAACCUAAGCUCUUACUUUCAAAUGGAAUACCCAACGUAUGAAGUAUUAAUAUGUGUGGUUGACCGAAAUGAUCCUGCUGCAAUGGUAGCUAAUCGGCUAUUGGAAAUGUAUCCAACAGUAGAUGCUCGACUAUUUUUAGGUGGUUCUCAAGUAGGUGUUAAUCCAAAAAUCAAUAAUGUACACGCAGCAUACCAAGCAGCCAAGUAUUCUUUGAUACUCAUAUCGGAUAGUUCAAUAAAAAUGAAAAAAGAUACACUUAGUGAUAUGGUUGAUAAUAUGGCUGAUGAUGUUGCAAUUGUUCAUCAAGUACCAUUCACAUGUGAUCGAAUUGACAAUAGAACUGAGCCUAUGACUUCACCUUUGUCAGAUAAUUCAACAGAUCCUUCAUCAUUUUUAAAAUUAGAUGGGCAAGUAGAAUAUCAAAAUCAAACUCGCAAACAACGACGUUUUGUUGCCACCUUAGAAAAAGUAUUUUUUGGAACUGCCCAUGCACGAGUGUACUUAAUGGCUGAUCUUGUAGGAGCCAUAUGCCAUACAGGUAUGUCAACACUAUUGCGUAAGCAAGCAAUGGAUGAAUGUGGAGGUUUGCAAGCAUUCGCCGGUUAUCUUGCUGAAGAUUAUUUUAUGGCCAAAUUAGUAGUUGCCAGAGGUUGGCGCACUACUGUAAGUAGUCGGCCUGCAUUACAAAAUAAUGGAGGCAGUGAACUAAGUAAAUUUCAAGAUCGUCUUAGAAGGUGGGUCAAACUUAGGAUAGCUAUGGUACCACACACAAUUGUGUUGGAACCAUUAUCUGAAUGUCUGAUACUAGGAGCAUGUGCUGCAUGGGCUGCUAAUACACUUUCUGGUGGUUCAAUUGAUCCUUAUGCAUUCUACAUGAUACAUGUGCUUGUUUGGUUCUUAUUAGAUUGGAUUCUUUUAAAUGUGAUGCAGAAUGGGCCUUUGCCGUUUACAAAAUUUGAGUACUUAGUUGCUUGGUUAUAUAGAGAGUUCAUGGGACCAUACCUGUUUUUGACAGCACUCUUAUGGCGCCCAUCUGUUGUUACCUGGACCACACGUCAAUAUCGCCUACGUUGGGGUGGUCUAUCAGAAAUUUAUAACCAACAACCAACAAGCUCUAGCUCAGAUUCCAUAACUGCCACAGUGCCUAUAGCAACUACUACCAGUGUCACUUAUGACACAACUGUGCCUAAUAAUUAUUGUAGUACUCACCAGCAGCAACCUCCAAAUGGUAUUGGGUUCACAUCGAAAAUUAAAGUUUAA